UUGUCAUAACCGAUAGGUAACAUAACCACAAAAAGUAGACACAUACCAUAAAUUUAAGUUCUGUUAGUUUAGUUAUAAGUUUUUAGAACGGCCGCUAAAACAUCCACGGAUAUUCCAUCACAAUGGUUUCAAACAAACCAUUGCCAAAUUUCAUCGCUUUCGGCAACAGUCUCGUCGAUCAAAGUGUAAAAGUGCCCAAUCACGACAUACUGAAGCGAUACAAUUUGAAUCCGAAUGAACUAGGCGAAUGUUCACUAGAAAUUUUAAGCAAUAUUAUCCGCGACGUCCGGCAUGAGAAUCUGGACGUACAAGUUCAUCUUGGUGGUUCGGCUCUAAACACUUGCCGUUUAUUGCGCGCUAUCGGUGAUGCGAGAAUAUUAUUUUGUGGAGCUAUCGGUGUCGAUGAUAACGGACAAUUUGUCGAACAACACCUGAAGGAGCUCGGAAUUGAAACAUUCCUACAAAUUAAUCCGACUGAAUCAACUGGUACUUGCAUAUGUCUCAUACACAAAGACGAUCGAUGCUGUUACGCAAAUAUUGGCGCUUCCAAACACUUCCAUGCCGACGAUAAACUCACCGACAAACUGAAAGCCAUCGUCAAUAUACAGGAACGGGCCGUCGUGUAUAUCGAAGGAUUCUUUUUAACUGAACGAUCUCAAGUUUGCCGAUCGAUUGUUCAGCAAUUUUCCGAACGCAAUUCCAAUGUCACUUUGGCGGUAAAUCUCAGUGCACCGUACCUGGUCGAAAAUAACAUUGCCGAUGUCAAUUUUCUGGUUGAACAAGCCGAUAUUGUGUUCGGCAAUAAAGACGAAUUUGAGGUGCUGGCCAAAUGCAACCAAAUCAAUACGGUGAUCGAGUUCGUCUAUUCGAUGAGCGAGAAUUUGAGUGCGAAUGCUCGCAACAAAAUCAUUGUAAUAACAGAUGGAAAUCAACCGAUCGAAAUCUACACACUAAUUCUGAAUGAAUCGUUCAAAUGGGAAACGCUUGAUGUCAGAGUGGUGAAGCAACAAGACGUGAUUGAUACUACAGGUGCUGGUGAUGCAUUCGUUGCCGGCUUUUUCCAUGCACACUUGCGACAAGAUGCGAUCAAAGAUUGCGUCGAAUUUGGUAUGGAAAUAGCUGUAAGGAAACUAAAAAAUGUCGGAGCCCAAUUGUGAUAUGUCGAGCACAACCUUUACUGUAAUCUAAGAUAUUUAUUGAAAAAUGCUCUAGUGAAACGGAA